UUUGGCCACAACUGGAUUUGCGAUGUCAGGCACAACUUUCCUAACGCCUUUCCUCGUCUUGGCGGUGCCUCUUGGAGCUACGAUACUCCUGGCCAUCGUCACUGCGCUGCUUCCCGGCCGCCAACUCAACUACCGCGGGAAGCAUGUCCUCGUGACAGGUGGCAGCGAAGGCCUUGGUCGUGUAAUUGCGCUUCAACUGGUCGCUGCGGGUGCUGACGUUACGAUCGUGGCCCGUCGGGCCGAAGUCUUGCAAAAGGUUGUCGACGAAGCGAGCAUGUCAAACUCUCCUUCGCACGGUCGCAUCUUUUUCCAAACCGCCGACGUGACGAAUGCCGACGCCAUUGCAAAGGCCGUCGCUCAAGCCGUGGCCACGGUGGGUCCCGUGGAUAUUCUCAUUCCUUGCGCCGGCAAAGCCACGAUGGGCUACAGCCACAAGCACACAGUGGAAGAUCACCGCAGAGCGAUGGACCUCAACUUCUUUGGCACGUUGAACACCGUGAACGCCGUGCUGCCGACCAUGCGCCAGCGCCAACAAGGCCGCAUCUGCUUUGUGACCACUGGGUGCGCCAUGACCAGUUAUGUCGGGUACUCUGCCUACUCGCCCAGCAAGUACGCGGUCCGUGGGCUCGCCGACAGCUUGCGCAACGAACUGAGUUCGUCUGGCAUUUCGAUUCACAUUGCAUUUCCUGGGGGCAUGGAUACCCCUGGAUAUGCAGAGGAACAGCGCACCAAGCCCGCCGAGUGCAAAGCCAUCGAGGCGUCGGACACGUUGUACAAGCCCGAAGUGGUGGCGAAGUCGAUCUUGAGCGACUUGAAGCUGGGCGUGUACAACAUUUACUGCGGGGAUUUUGGGAUCAACUUGCUGGGCGUACUUGGGGCGGGGAUGUCCCCCCGCAAGAACCCUGCGCUGGACGUGCUGGUAUUUCCCAUUGCGUCGAUUGCAGCCUGGUUUGUCCGUGGAGAUUGGGACAAACAUGUCAAGGUUGGCCAUGACAAGAAGCACCAACAGUAACAAACUCAACCAUGAUAACUUCAAAUGGCCUUCAUGUCGUAAUAUUAGUGUCCUUAUUAGAAGUCUA